UGGUGAUCUGGCCAAGGUGCGAGACGUCGCCAAAAGUGCUAAAAUUGAGGUUAACGGUGAAGAGAUCGCGUCGACUGACUGCCUCAUUCACCGAGGACCAUUGCGUCCGGCUGAGGCGUUGUAUGGUACAGCAAACUGGAUUAGCCCUCCACUUUGUGCCUGUUUUUUAGCCAUUCUCAUGUUUCGUCUCGCCAGCCUGAACGGACGAGCGACACGACGCCAUCGUCAGACGUCUUCUGCCCCAGCUCUGGCCGGUCAUCGUCUACCCGAAGUCGUGGAGGCUAGCCAAAGUUUGAUUAGUGGUUUGGAACGGCAACUCUAUUGCCAGUCGGACGGUCCUUCGUCUCCAUGGCGCCGGGUUCGCCAAGACGACAGCAUCGAAGAAGCGGACGCCAAUCGGCAAAGCGGAGGCUGGGAGCUGUUGUCUUCAAGGCCGCAGGGCCGGAAAGACCGAGCAGAUGGGAGUGUCAGAUGUUUGGGGCGAAAAGCGGCUGUAUCAUUUCUUUUAGCUCCAUUUCGGAUCUCGAAAUGUGGACUCACGAUCGUGUUUGGAUUGCUCGCUUUUCUCGCCGCUCUGCCAGGACUCUUGCAACUAGCAUUCUGCUCUUUUGCUCUUCUCGCCAGCUCCGACAAUGUCGACAAACUUGGGUUGAGUCGAAUUGCUUCUGACCUCAAACAGCCAACGUCUGAACAGCUUGUUUCAGUCGACUUCGCCUCGACUACCGACCGCGUGAUUGUACAAGUGACUGGCUUCGCAAACGCUCUGCUCUAUGCUCAGUACACGGUCAACUUUCUCUGUCUCCUGCCGAUACCGCUGGUCUUUUUGGUCAAAUGCUUUCGGACGGCUCAACCGAUCCUCCUCGAAAGCGCUUCCAUGCUGCCGACCUGUUUGAGAGAGGAGGAUGAUGAAAAAGAGGCGUCAGGCGACAGCCAACACGGUCCACAAGAGGGCAGCCAACAUACCAAUCGGGCCGAAAUGUCUGUCUGGAAUAGACAAUUCAUCGUGCCCUCGAGUGCCGCGUCAGCUGUGCUCAGUCUCCUCACGUAUCCGCGCGACAAUGAAAAGCCGACCGUCACCUCGGCUGCCUCUGGUGGUCAUUUGGUGCAAUUUGCAGAACCGAUGAGACUGUCCAGUCACGCUGACGCCGGUCUCUUGGCACCGUCCCAGCUCACAUCGGUCAACAUGUCGGCCAGCUCGUUGUUGGAGUUCAAUCAGUCUUCUCCCACCGCGGCGUUGCCGCUGCUCGCCUGCGGUGCAUUCACCAUUUGCCCAUCCGUCAGUGGAGCUCCUUCCACAGUCGUGCACAUUGUCGACCAUGUCUGCCAACUU